UCCCUGCGUUAUCUGCGUCACGCUCCAAAUCCCCAUUGGAUCCGACUAGCACCGCCCGUCUCGACGCUGCCCGCUCCACCCAUCCCAACUACGCCCACGCCAGCAUCUGUGAAGCGGAUACAUGGCCCCGGGCAUCAUGUGCUUUGGCAAAAAACCCGACGACCCCGAGUCUCGGCGAAACGAUGAGAUCGAGAAGGUCAUCCGCAACGACAAGAAGAGGCAGGAGCGCGAGGUGAAGCUGCUGCUGCUCGGCGCUGGAGAGAGUGGCAAGUCGACCGUCCUGAAGCAGAUGCGUGUCAUCCACGCCGGUGGCUUCAACAAGACGGAGCGAAAGCAAUGGCGCGCCAUCAUCUUCAACAACCUGGUUUCGGCCUUCCAGACCAUCUUUGCCGCCAUGCAGGAGCAGGAGACGGAGUUUGAGGACGAUGACAACCUGCGAUACGCCGAGAUGAUCGCGGCUGACCCGGAAAUCGGCAUCGAGGACCCCAUGCCCCAGGAGUGUCUGGCCGCCUUCAACAGCCUCUGGGCCGACAAAGGCGUCCAGCUUGCCAUCCUCAAGGGCAACCAAUACGCAUUGCACGACAAUCUGAGCUACUUCUUCGCCGAUGUAGAGCGCCUUUUCGCCAGAGAUUACCUACCCACCGAUCAGGAUAUCCUCCGCACACGGUUGCGAACCACCGGCAUCACCGAAACCAUCUUCGAGCUGGGCAACCUGACCUACCGCAUGUUCGAUGUGGGUGGCCAGCGUUCGGAACGGAAGAAGUGGAUUCACGUCUUCGACAAUGUGCAAGUGGUGCUCUUCCUGGUGGCCAUCAGCGGUUACGACCACGUGCUCGUCGAGGACAGAAACGGCAACCAAAUGCAUGAAGCCCUCAUGCUCUUCGAGUCGAUAUCCAACUCCAAAUACUUCGAAAAGUCCGCUUUGAUACUCUUCCUCAAUAAGAUCGACCUGUUCAGGGAAAAGAUUGCCGGUGGCAUGAGCCCCAUCAACAAGGUCUUCCCCGACUACACGGGCAGGCCCACGGACAUUGAAGCUGGGCAAGAGUUCUUCGCCAACAAGUUCCGGAACCUGGUGCGGCAACCGAAGAAGGAGGUCUACGUACACUACACCAACGCCACCGACACCGAUCUGCUGAAGAAGACGAUGGCUUCCGUCCAGGACAUGAUUGUCCAGCGCAACCUGAACGCACUGAUACUGUAAGAUGGCCUUCAUUCAACGCGUCCUGCUUUUCGGACUACAUUCUUCUUCUGCGCAUCCGUACAGCCCAUGGCUCCGGACACACCGUCACUUCGACUAUUGCCGUUUCGCCACAUGCUCUGGUCUGGAA